GAACGUCUCCCUCCAUCCGGGCUCUUCCGGCUGGGCCGCCUCCCUCCCUCCGCCCUUCUGAUCCUCUUAUCAGCGAGUAAGCGGCCAAGAUGGAUGUUGCGAACCAGCUGGUGGCCCAAGGGCAGUUCACUGUAGUCAAGCAACCACUGGGAUUUAUAAAAGUACUACAGUGGAUCUUUGCGAUCUUCGCCUUCUCGACAUGUGGCAGCUACUCUGGCAUGUUCAAGAUGAGUGUGGAGUGUAAAAACCGAUCAUAUAGUAACCUGGGAAUAGAAGUAGAAUUUGAAUACCCGUUCAGGCUCCAUCAGGUUUACUUCGACGCCCCCACCUGCGAGGGAGGGAAACCGGACCGCCAGUUCCUGGUCGGGGACUACUCUUCUUCAGCCGAGUUCUUCGUAACCAUCGCCGUCUUCUCCUUCCUCUACUCCAUGGCAGCCCUCGCCACCUACUGUUUCGUUCUGGAGAAGUACCGCGAAAACAACAAGGGGGCCCGGAUUGACUUUGUCGUGACAGCAGUGUUUGCCUUUAUGUGGCUGGUCUCAUCAUGUGCUUGGGCUAAAGGCCUGUCAGACGUGAAGACAGCCACCGAUCCAGAGAGGGUGAUCACUCUCAUCCAGGCCUGCGACGAUCGGGAAAACCUCUGCAAAGAGGUCUACGACCCCAAAGUCUCCGGGCUCAACACCUCUGUGGCUUUUGGUUUCAUCAAUCUGAUCCUUUGGGUGGGAAACCUGUGGUUCGUCUUCAAAGAGACCGGCUGGAUGGCUGCGUUCACGGGAACGUACGUCCCAUCGCAAGAGAAGCAGCCCGCCCCCGAUUCCUUCGCCCAGGGAGGCUACGGACAGCAGGACCCGUACGCCGGCACCCAGGGCGGAUACCAGCCCGAGUACGGCCAGCAAGGGGGCUACAAUGAAGACGGAGGUUACAACCAGGGCUACGAUCAGCAGCCCACCUCCUACUCCAACCAGAUGUAAACCUCCUCAGCCAAAACAGCUGCAGGACGGGCGAUCUGGUCGUUGUCGGAGCGUUUCUCAACCACCACCUGCGUCUCCACACGCCGCUGUGUGUCUGUCUGUGUGUCUGUGAGGCGGCAGGCGGCGGCAGGGGAGGCCGCACUCUUACCAUACGGGGAGGGGACGGGCGGGUCGGUUCUGGGGUGGGCGGGAAUGGAUUUCUUCUGUUUGCUGUAACAAUGAUGAUUAUUCUCGUGAUGUAUUUAACUGUAAAAGACAACAGAGGAUUGUCUGUUUGGGUAUACGAGAAAAACUUGAACACAAAUACCAAAACAUUCGUAAGGGAAACCUUGUUGUGACAGAGAAAAUUUAUGAUGGGGGAAAAAAUUGUAGUUAUAUUUAACUUGAGAGAAUGUAUUUGUCUGUGCUGUGUAAAUAUCGACUUGCUGAUAUAUAAAUAUAUAUAUGAUUAUAUGUACACAGUUGAAUAAUUGUGCACUCUAUAUUAGUUGUUAUACAACAAAUGUUGAGCACAGAGUUAUUCAAUUGCAUUUAUUUUGGUUCUGUUUAGGAGCUCUCAUAGUUUUAACCUUUACUGACCGGAUUCACAGUCACAUUUAAAUCUGAAUAUUUGCUUUGAAUUAAUGAUUUGAAAAAUAACAAUCUGGGCAAAGGCUGCAAAUAAUGACUAAAAACCAAGAUAUCUAUCUAUAGAGAAGUGAGUGACAGUGGUAAUGUUAGUGAUGAAAGUAGGUUUUUAUAUAUUUUUCAACCAUCUGAUAUCACAAGUGGAUACAUUCUGGUUGUGCGCUGAUUAUUAUUGAUCCUGGCAUCUGCAAAUCACAAGUGCGUUUGGAGAAGAAAAUUACCUUUGGCGUCUCAUAUUUGCUGUGUUGUCAGUAUGGAAAUUGUGAAAUCAGAUGGUGUAGUAAGAGUUUCUGUGUAUUUGUUUGGAUGGCAUUCAUUUUACAUUGUCAAAAAAAGAAAAAAAAAUCUUGUCCUUUUCUCGAUCGCCUUCUUUGUGAUUCGGAAAGUCCUCAGACAGAGAUGUGUGUGUUUGUUUUGUUUUUUUUAUGGUGUUUUUGUCACACUUUAAUCACUUCGACACAGAUUAAAACGUAAACGAGGGUUUAUUAGGUUUCUAAAAAUCAUAGUCGUGCCACACACAACGCGCCGUCUUCAUCCCGCCCUUGACUCUCCUCCUCUUCCGAUUGGAAAUCCGGUUUAGUGCGUGCAUCCUACUCCGACAUUCCAUCAAUAAUCCCACGUUAGAGGCCGAGGCUCAGGAACAAAGCAAGACCCGAUGUUUGGUACACAACACUGAUUAUUACAGCAGCUCUGCCAUAAUCUACUGAAAGCACAAAGUGCUGCAAUAACUGCUUGUAUCCAGAUGCAAACACACCUGUACGGCUGCGGCUGCCCAUCCUCCGUACGGAUCUCCAAGCAGCAUGUUUGCCAAACGAUAGCAGAUGUGUUUUAUUGGCAUUUAGCUUCCACAGCUCUCAACAGAAACAGCCGUAGUUCAACUCCAGUGCAUCUCUAGUCAUUGUAAAAUCUUGUUCCCUCUCUCUCUCCUUUUUUUUUGCUUUUCAAUCAGAGUUCUUAGAGCCAGGCAAUCUAGAAGCUACUUGCUUUCUCUCCCUUUCUGUCUUUCUUUCUCUUCCACUGUAGCUCUUAUAAAUAUGCUGAAAUGAAAUAUAGUCUGUCGUUAGUGGUGAAUGAUGUCUUGUGAUACUCUCUAAGCCCUCAAGUAGUGCUGUGUUUUAUUGUCUAUGAUGUAUUCAUAUUAGUAUUUAUGAUGAUGAUAAGUCGGAAAAAAAUAUUCAAGACUCUCCAAAGUUUUGCCGUAUUCUUAUUAUAUGGGAUUCAUGUGAAACUAAAUGAAAUAAACUUGAAAUUAUUCUGUUGAAGAA